GCUUGUUUUACUACAAAAGACCGGAAAAAUAAGCUGUCUGUUAAAUAUGGAACCAGACGAGGGGGAGACAUAUCCGAAGCAAGGAACAACACGUAGCGAAAAGAACACGACCAUCGACUACGAUGAAGACAGAGUAAGCUGCACGAGAUGACAGCGUCGUAUUCGGAAAUAUCGUUCGAUUCACAAUCGUCUCCGCCUGUUUCGGAGUUGAGAUCGUUGAUCGAUUCACCGGAUAUUGAUGGAACGAGAUUUUUGGAUGGUAGUCUAGAGAAAAUGAACGGGAUUGGUGGCAGACCAGACCAGUUGAAUUUAAAGAAUAGAGAAUCUAGUCCAAUCGAGGAUGAAGACAUAGACCCACCAAGUUAUCACAAGGCUAUGGGAUAUUUGCAGCUUGAAGGAACGGUAAUGCAAGACGGUGACAUGGUACUGUUCGUUGCCGAGGACUUAGAAAACAAAAUCAAACUGUCCAGUCCUGUAACAAAGAAGGGAGAGACACCAUCUUUCCCGGGUUCUCGCAGUUCCACUCCCUGUUUAUACAGGCAAGCUUUAACGCCACAGGUGCCUCUUCUCGAUCAUAAUGUAUUAAAUGAAUUAGAGAUGGAAGCAAGAAAGGUGGCCACCUCUGUGGAUGCAUUGACAGAAAACUUGGCAGCCAUUCUGCACAGUGCAUCUGCGCUUACUGUAGGUUGUUUAGAAACAUAUAGGGAUGCUGUUUGUAAAACAUGCGACGCAGUGGAUCACAAUAUCAAAUCAAUGUAUCAAUUAAUGGCAAAAUGUGAGGAAUUGUCAAAAUCUAUGGGUCCUAUAUAUAAGCUAGCCGAACAAAUUAAGGAGAUGAAAAGGAUGUUGGAGCUGUUUGAGAGUGCAAUGAAUCUGUGAAUUUAUAAAGA